AUGCUGGUAUUAAUCCCCAUCGUCGUCGUCCUAGCCGGCAUCGCCCUGUUAUAUACGCACCGCCGGUAUAAAGCUUCCAAAUCGAAAGAGCCGUCCCGGGUUGUGGUCCAGGGGCAUACGUUUUCAGAGAGUGUUGAGCAGAAGCCAGCGACCGAUGUGAGAAAGACGGGGAAUAGGAUUGAUACUGUCCGGCAAUGCUGCGUUGUUGGUGCCGGGCGUGUAGGAGCUAUAACGGGGAUUGUCCUCGCGAUGCAGAAUCCAGACGUCCAGUUCUGCAUUGCUGAUAGUGACGAACGCAUGAUAAAGUCGUGGAACUCUGAUAGUUUGCCAUUGUACGAGCCUGGGAUAGAGGAGGUCCUUUUCGACGACCAGUCUCUCAGCGUGAGAGAAACCGAUGCUUCGACUAUGACUGAACAACCGGAUUCUAAUGGCAAAUAUACGUACACAAAUAUCGAGGUCGACUCCGUCCAGCGCCGCCGGAAUCUAUCUAACCUGACUUUCUCAACCAAUGUCCACGCCGCCGUUGCCGCGGCGGAACUGAUCUUCUUAUGUGUCGAGAUGGAGAGAAGCGGAUUUAACGAACCUCCAGUGACUCACACAUACCUAAAUCCCACCCUCCAGACAAUCGCCCACGCAUCAACAGGACACAAGAUCAUAGUGCAGCGCACAACAGCACCAUACGGAACGACGCAGUAUAUCAAGAACCACUUAAACCAAAUGUCCUCCCCAAACACAACAUACACAAUCCUCGCAAACCCAGACUUCACCCUCCCCGGCUCUACCCUCUCUGAUACAGUACACCCGCAACGCGUGAUAAUCGGGCACAUCUACACACCCGAGACAUCGACAGAGAGUAUAACAGCCUUGAAGAGACUGUACACCGCCUGGGUCCCGGAGGAGCGCCUCGUCACGAUGGACGCCUGGUCUGCGGAGCUGGGCCAGAUUGCGAGCAAGGCGUCGCUUGCGCAGCGGGUUGUGGAGGCUAAAACUGUGGGGAUGUUAUGUGCGAGGACUGAGGCGAGUGUCGGCAAUGUAGGGUGGAUGGUUGGGUGUGGUCUUGAUUGUGGGGGUGGGACUGGGAUUGGAUGGUUACGGAGUGAUGUACGGUGUUUUGUUGGUCUUGCUGGGGAGUUGGGGAUGGGAGAAGUGGAGAGUUAUUGGAGGGGGGUGUUGCGGAUGGAUGAGGUGUUGUAUAGGAGGGGUGUUGAGGGGUUGGUUAGAGGCUUACCAGAGGGUGGUAGGAAGGUUGCUGUUGUUGGUUUGGGGUGGGAUAUUGCAGCUAUUCUUACAGAGUUGAGGAGGUCUGGGGCUUCAGUCAGGGUGUGGGAUGGGUCUGCUUCGAAAGAGCAGGUUCAUGAUCUGCUUCAGGCUGUGGAUUCGGAGAUUACAGUAGCAGAUUCGUUAGAGGAUGCAUGUUUGGGAUGCAGUGCUGUGGUGGUUCAUGGCCAUUCGGGAAUUGAUCAUGGGGCAUGGCAGACAAUUGCUGAUCAGAUGGAGGAGCCAAAGAUGCUGUUGGAUACUGCGGGAGUGUUGGAUCGAGCAAGGGUACGGCAACUAGGGUUGAGGGUUCUGUGA